AUGCGCACAUAUCGAGUUCUUUUGUAUUACUUGUUUAGAAACAAAAUAUCAUUUUCUCAAUUAUCAUUGGCAAUUAUGUAUCUAUUCACCAUCAUAUCAGCGCUUAUUUGCACAGAACUCGUAAUAAUAGCAUCAAGUGAAUCAAGUGAAGCUAUACCAACUGAUCAAUUAAAUCCUCUUCAACCCUUAAAAACGUUUGAUAAUGAUUUUUUUGAGGACAGUAGCCAAAAUGAUGAUGAAAACGAGUAUGCUCGUCGUGCAACAUCAUUUUUAAGAUUUGGCCGACGCGGAUCACCAGCAACAGGAUCAUUUCUUCGGUUUGGUCGUGACGGUCAUCGUGAAGGAACAUUUCUUCGUUUUGGUCGCUCAAAUCCUUCAUUCUCACGACUUGGUCGAAGUGGUAAUAACGGAGGAAAAUUCCUUCGGUUUGGCCGAGAGGCUCAAGACGAAUCUCCAAGCAACAAUUUUCGUUCUGGUCGAAAGAGCGACUUUUUAAGAUUCGGAUAA